UGGUGGAACAACAUUACAUGAUACAUUAGUAUCUGAUUUGCGAGAUAUGUUGGAUGCGUACAAUGUUCACGCACAAUCAUUUAGGAUGGCUCGUGAUAGGUUUAAUGAGACUAACUCUAUCUCUUUGAAGAUGAAGCUUAUUGGUAAAAGGAAUUCAGAUGGACGGACUUACAAUACCCCUACAGCUCGUGAGGUAGCUGCACUUAUUGAAGGGGACUUCAGUUUGAACAGAAAAGAGAGGGAUGUUGUUCUUCAGAAGAAAUCCGGUAAGUUUCAAAUUAUAUCAGAACUGAAUCCUUCUUUUCUAGGAUUGCAAUAUCCGUUACUUUUUCCAUAUGGUCAAGACGGAUUCAGAGAGGAUGUUAACCUGACGCGUGCAUCUCAAGCGACCACAGGAGGGAGAAAACAUGUUACUAUGAAGGACUUCUUCUCAUACAGAUUGCAAGAAAGGAAUACAGAGUCCCCUUACAUAUUGAGAUCAAAGAGAUUAUUCCAACAAUUUAUUGUUGACGGAUAUACCAUGAUUGAGUCAUGUCGUUUGGCAUAUAUUAGGCUACAUCAAAAGGACUUGCGAAGUGAACUAUAUACAGGAUUGGCUGAUGCUUUUGGCCGUGGUGAAACUGAUGGAUCAAGGUUAGGACAACUCAUUGUACUUCCUAACUCAUUCACUGGAAGUGCACGUUACAUGAUUCAAAACUAUCAGGACGCAAUGUCCAUUUGCAGGUGGACUGGAUACCCACAACUCUUCAUCACAUUUACAUGUAACCCAAUGUGGCCUGAGAUCGUUCGCUACGUUGAAUGUAGAGGACUCACUCCAGAUGAUCGUCCAGAUAUCAUUUGUAGAAUCUUCAAGAUAAAGCUUGAAAUGCUCAUAAAAGACCUGAAAGAAAAUAAACUAUUCGGUGAAGUCAAAGCAGUUGUAUACACGGUGGAGUUUCAGAAACGUCGAUUGCCACAUGCCCAUUGAUGGAUAGUGUACCCGGGGGAUAGCUUAUCCGAUGGGUUAUUGCGGAGAAUAACUAGAGAGAAGUCAGAGCAAAUAAGUAAGAGAGAGAGAGUGUAUAUUCGAUAUGUAUUCAGCGUGGUUUACAAUGGGGAAAGGGUUGCUAUUUAUAGUAGUAAUAAAUGCCAGAUAAGGACACGUGCCAGUUUUCUAGUGGUCGAGGGGUCACCUCAACCGGGGUGGCACUGGCACUCGCAUGUGGCCGCAUUAAAUGCGGUGGUUGGAUGUGACGUUUGUACUUGGUACGGUGAUCUAGGCGCAUGUGAAGAGGAUAUUCUGUCGAGGUGGAUGCCUUCGGCUGAAGGGUGCUGGGCCGAAGGCUCUUCUAAUCGAGGGCUCCUACCUGCCGAGGGCUGUAGGUGCCGAAGGCUUGGUUUUCAAGCCUUGAUCUCCUGUGAUGCCUCUUCUAACCGAGGGCUCCUACCUGCCGAGGGCUGCAGGUGCCGAAGGCUUGGUUUUCAAGCCUUGAUCUCCUGUGAUGCCUCUUCUAACCGAGGGCUCCUACCUGCCGAGGGCUGCAGUUGCCGAAGGCUUGGUUUUCAAGUCUUGUCCUCCUAUGAUGUUUCUGAGCUCGAUUCCGUCACUGGUAGCCUUCGGCCAUGGGGCCGAAGGCACCCCUUUGCGUAUUGUGGGCUGCUUAGAGCUCCAUUUUUCCGGGCUUGGCCCGUUUGGGCCUGUUGGGCCUGAUUGUAGUAGAGGAAGUAUGUGGGCCGGGGGUCCCUGGGCCAUAUACUCCAUCACCCAUAUUGUUUUGUGGUUGACACGAAGGGACACAACUAUAUUGGCAUCACACAUCGACAACAUUAUUUCAGCGGAGAUUCCUGAUGAGAAAUCUGAUCAUGAUUAUUAUGUUGCUGUCAAAGAGUUGAUGGUGCACGGGCCUUGUGGCUUUAUGAACUCAUCUUCGC